ACUGCACGAUGCCCGAAUCAAAUGGACACCGCUUUGUUCCAAUCAUGCUCGCAGUAAGAGAAGAUAGGUCUCGAGAGGAAGUAAGUUGGUGAACUGAAUAGUUAGAGAAGUAUGAAGGACAGACAACGUGAUUAAGAAGUUCAAGAUGUUUCAACAUAUAGAUAGAUCUCCACAGAGUUACGAUCCAGUCAACAAUGCAAUAGGAAUUAGUACUUACAAGUGGAAGUAAAAAUUCAAAGUUUGAAGAGUUCUGCAACAGCUAGGACAUAGAUAAUGACACUGCUAGUCCUUGUGCUCGGGUGCUUUCUGAUUUGGGACCCAUGGAUUAAUACUGAUGGCUUUAUUUUUGACGGACAAAAACCAGUGGGAGAAAUAACUCCCACAAACCCACAUUCUACAGUGAAUGGGACUCUAAAGUUAAACUGCACAGUUUUUGAGGAAUCUGGAUUGAACAUCUCUCAUCUGUUCUGGAUUAUGGCAAACGACUUGAGGGCACCUGCAGAAACAAUGACUGCUUCAGGAGAGAGAACCUUAUUGUUCGAAAAGAAGAUAACCAGUAUUGAUGAAGAAGGAACAUACAUGUGCAGGAGAAAUGAUGAGACAGACGCAUUAAAGAGUAUUGUGUCAACAUGUAAUGUUGUUAUUGAAUAUGAACCAGUGAGGAAUGUAACCAACUUUACCUGUAUGUUGGAUGAAAAAAAAGAUGAAUUCUAUUGCAGUUGGGAAUUGGGGCUGUAUAACCACAUAGCAUAUCUCAAUAUCACCAUAGUCAUGUCCCCAGACAAUGGAAUGAGUGUGAUCCCUUGUCCACAGAAGGUGAAGGGGCAGGAAAAUUGUACUUGGACUGGUAAAGAUGAUGCAGCCAAUUUUUCCAUGUCAAAAAUUGUCGUCCUCUACAUAACCAACAUGGAGUUUAAAGAUACAAAGUCUUUCAGAAAGGAUUUUACAAAUCAUAGCAUAUUAAAGCCUUUACCAACAACGUUUAUCAAUGCAACAUCCAUGGAGUCUUGUGAAGAUGCCAAUGUAACGUGGGGCCUGAUUCCGUGGGGGAUGGACACUUCCUCUCAAAUCACUCUGAGGUCAAAGUGGAAUAUUGUCCCAUUGAAUUACAGUGUGAAUGGAAGUGAUAGUUUAGUUGUGCAUAACUUAGUACCUGCAAGCAACUACACAGUGGAAGUGCGAAUUAAACCUCUUGGAGGAUUGUACUUCAGUGAAGCGAAGAGGAUUGACUUUCUUACAUGUCACAAAGCCCCAGCUCGUGCACCGCGUGUGCUGCCUAGCGGGUAUUUCUCGGAGGAUUGUAAUACUGGAAAGCGCAUCGUAACUGUGUACUGGGAGAGAAUUCCCGAGAAGUUUCAAAAUGGACCUCUGACACAUUAUGUUGUGUCCCCUGGUACUGCUGCUGAGGGAAAGGAAGUGCCUCCAAAUGUAUCUUCGUGGUCUAUAAAUGGACUACCGUGUGUGGAUAGCAUUGUCACUGUGAAAGGCUGUAAUCCAAAGGGAUGUUCACCAAAUUCUUCCUUCUAUAUACCUGCUCAUGGAGAGGUCAUUCCUCCCAGCAGAGUUAUAAUGGAAAAGAUGAGUGACUCUGAGGUCCAGUUGUCUUGGUUCGGGGUCAAGCGGAAGACAGUUAUGGGCGUUGAUGUAGUUUGGUGUAAAGUAUACCCGGCUGUGUCCAGAUGUCAGGAUGAAGUACGUUUGCUGAGGAGAAUCAAUUACAUGAACCACACCGUCAUAUAUGCAAUUGAUGUUGGUGGAGUCAUCGACAAUGUCAUCAUUGGUGUGGCUGUCCUCAACAAGAGGAGUGUUAGUAGUGGUAUUAAAUGGCAGGAUAAAUGCAGAUAUGUUAAAGAUGCAGAUCCCCCGCCUAUACAGACGGUGUCCUUCCUCCCUGACCCUCCUGAGAAUAGCCUGACAGUAAACUGGUCCCCCAUCAACUGUGACCAGACAGCUCCAAAUAAUGCCUAUAUUCACCUAUAUCGGAUAACAUACUGUCGGCUACAAUCAAAGGCCUGUUCUGGUGAUGAAAUUUCCGUGGAUGUUCCAGUAGACAGUAACACCCAGUACACUAUCAGAAACCUCGUAGCAGAUGUUAGAUACGGAGUGUCGGUCAGAGCCCUCUCACUGACGCGGGAGGGACCAAAAAGUGAAAUGAAGAUUGGAUCCCCUACUAACAAUGAUUUACCUGAUGGAUCAAUAGCAGGCAUUGCUAUUGGGGGAGUGUUUGGUUUUGUUCUAGUUUGUGCAGGAAUUGUCUUUUUGUGGAGGCAAAUGAGAAGAAAAUUAGGUCUAGAUGAUACUUUCCCAAUUGAACCAAUUCCUAUUGCAACCUACACAAAUCUGCCCAGUGGGAACCACUUGUACAACCAGUUGACCACACCAGCAGAUAGGAGCAGCUCUCCUCUCAUCACCCGUGAUGGAUGUUUACCUAAUGGAGACAUAAGACAAAGCAGCCUACACUCCAGCUAUGAAACAAUCCUCCCUACAGGACAGACAGUGGACCUAGACAAAGAAGUCGACAACGCAGACAAGAACGUGAUGUCUGAUCCUAAAUCCAACGGCAUGAUCCUGCCAGUGGGAGAUGUCCCACGGCAGAUCAGUAAGGACAGUGGGCGGGGCAGCCUCUCCCCUACCUCAACACAUGGGCAACCCAUUAUAGACAAUCUGGAGAAAGAACAGGCUUUGAAAGAAAUGUUAAAAGGUGGAAUUUUUCCACCCGGAUAUUCUAAGGCAACUAUAGUGGCCAACCAUUGUCUUCAAGGCGUUGAGAAUUAUUCGUAUAACUCUGAUGAGAGUUGUUUCCCAAUGGAUUCUGGAGGAUCCUCCAAAAAUGUUAUGAGCUUGUCUUCUUCGUCGAACAGUGUCUUCCAGAGAACUGAUUAUGUAAGAAUGGAGGAUUGCUUACAAGCCAACAAAAGUGACAAGAAUCUCAACAAUCCAGCUGAGGACUCUAAAGGAAUAUCGGAUAUAAAGGAGCCUGAGCAAAGUGACACUGAUAAACUAGAAAAUGAAAGAGAGGAGGUCGUUCAAACAUCAGCUUAUGUGUUUUACCAACCUAACAAUACGCAUACCACAGAUGGGCACCAGUCUAUCAAUAAUGGGAACCAGUGUAGUAACAUACCAAUAUUAGCAAUUAGUCUCUCUAACAAUAUACAAACAUCUAAGCUUGCUGCAGAUCAGCCUGUUGAUACUCAAACACCUAAGCUUGCUGCAGAUCAGCCUGUUGGUACACAAACAACUACUGAUUACAUGCUUCUCAGUGAACUACAUAAAAAUGUGUGUCAGCCUGACAGUAAGAAUUUGACUACUAACAAUACUGUAAAUGAAUACAGAAGAAAUUCUGGUUAUGGUCAUGAUCAGCUAAUGGACUACAUUCCCAACGAUACAAAUUUUUCAGAACUUAUGGAUGGUUACGUACCUAAUGGUGCAAUGGAUCAGUCCGUCAUGGGUGAUGGUCCAAAUAGUAAAGAUGACGAAAGAUUAAGCAUGAAUAAUUCAGAAAGUGCACAAUCUGACCUUCAGGAAUGUUCUAGGGUGAAACAGAGUGACAAUGGUCCCUCACAUUUCUCCUCACAGGACGCUAAAGCUCUCUCAAGUGGCAAAAUUGAUGAUUCAAAUUAUGACACCAGCGACGUUGCAUCGACCGGUAACCAGGAGGCCAGACCACAAUCACCGACAUUGUCAUCAGGACGCCUAUCUAAUGUCUCCUCCACAGAAGACUGUUCGAGCGGAGACGUGGAUGUUCACUGUGAUAGCUCUUAUAUUUCUGUUAGUACAUUACUCCAGGCGUAAAUUAGAAAUUUUACCUGGUUUAGUGGAAAGGGUCCUGCAAUGAGUAUUAGGAAUAUUCAGUCACAAAUACAUGGCAGCUUAAAUUACUUCCUGUUUAUUACGAUCACAUGCAGCGGGUUUUUAAAUGAGAUGGGACUUGCUACAAACAAUCCAAACUUAUUUCUUUACAAAAUGUGAAUAAAUAUGUAAAACCUAACAGUAGCAACAUUACAGACUGAAUUCAGUCAAGCUGAUCAAAUUAUCAGUAUUUACUGGGUAUUUGUUUUCAGAGCUUUCACUAUAGAGACACUCUGUAAUUAAUUGAACUCUUUUCAAAGAUUAAAAAUUGUUCUAGGUGCAUCUUGUUAGUAAAUAAGUUUCAGUUAAUACUCUCUAGUUAGGAAACUUUCAAACAUGCUUGAAAUUUGUCAAAGACUGUAAAAAUGUAUGAAUUGGAACUCUUCAAAAGGAGGUAGAAAAAUUUGUUUGCAGCAAGUAUCUUUAAGAUGAUGUAUCUGUUGAUAUUAGUGCAUCUUUAGAAAUAUUGGACUUAAAACCUCAGAGUGUUUUUUAUGACAUUAUUUUUAUUAGGGAUGGGUCGAUCAACAUCUAGGGAAAUGAAAUUAUUUUUACGAGUAAGAAAUUUUUCUUUGAUAUCUCACAAGUUCUGAAGCAUGCAAAAAUAUCAAUGCUGAAAUAAAUGAUAGGUUAAGUUGUAUGUAUUUCAAACCUAUAUGGUUUAUUAUUAAUUUGAUAUGCUGGUGUGGAAGUUAGCUGUCAUGCAGAGAUGCAUGGAAAAUGAUUUUGAAGUACACGUGUCUUAUGAAUCUGAAUUGAAGAACAAAAUGAAUAUUAUGUAUAGUAUCUUAUUGUGUGUAUAUAAUCAUUCAUCAUUUUAUGAGGCAGUCAGGGAUUUGAAAAAGCCAGGGCGCCAUUUUAUUUUUUGCUCCUUUUUGAUUUUCAUUGUUUUAUGAUAGAAAGUUUUGAUAUCUACGAUAUAAUCAUAUUUUGACAGACCUCCAUUGACCACCAUAAUUAAUUUGUUUUUGCUACAUUUUUGAUUAUAUGAACAUGUGCCAUGCAGUGAAGUGUGUGUAGCUGCUAUAUUGUGCAAUGUAACUGGUUUAAUGGUUAUAUAUUUACGAAUGUUUAAUUAGAUGAUAUGCAAUAAUUUUUACUUACUAUUAGGAUUUAUAAUUUGAAUAUGUAUAUCAUUUUUAGCUCACCUGAUCACAUUCGUCUGUCCAUUCUCCUUCCACAAACUUUUAACAUUUUCAUCUUCCUCUCCAGAAACACAGGACCAAUUUCAACUAAACUUGCCAUAAAGCACUCAUGGGUAAAAGGAUUUAGAAUUGUUCAAAUUAGAGGUUUCACCCUUUUCAAAGGGGAGGUAAUUAAGAAAUAGUGAAAAUAUGGUGGAACCCACAAGUAUAGAGUGGGGCUGCAAUAGAGAAAUAGUUUUACAUGGGUAUGUUUAGGAAAUAUCUAUAAAAAUCUUCUCAAGACCAGCAAGGCUGUGAUUGGUCAUAUUGAUAUACAAGCAUCAUCAGGUAGUGUAGAUUUAAAUUUGUUCAAAUCAUGGCCCCCGGGGGGCACAGUAAACCAUGUCAAUAUGCAAACAUUUUCAAGUUGUGUUAAUUCCUUCAAAGAAAUAUUUCAUGGACCCUCCUGCGGUUAGUUUAGGGCUAACAUUGGGGAUCAAAUAUUACAUAAAAUACAUGAAUAUAGAGGUGAAAAUUAUUUUAAAAAAUAUUCUUCUGAACAGCAAUGUCAUGGUAGUCAUUCAGUGUAUUUAUAUUGAAGCGCAUCCGCAUGUUUUUAACUUUGGUAAAAUCUUAACCCUAUGGGGGCUGUGUUGGGGUCAUAAUAUGGCAUCAAUAUUUGUUGUGGGAUUAAAGAGAGUAAAAAUCUUGUGAAGAGGAACAGCUGAGGGCCAACUUGAUUCAGACAAGUGUUGUGGCCCAUGGGCUUCUUGUGUAAUUACAAUGUUCACUUCAUAACACGGAAGUCGUAAGUUAGAGUACCACUUGUAUCUUGACCACAUCAAUAUGUAAAAAUGAGUAGUAAUUGCUAUUCACCAAAUGCUCAGAUUUUAGAAGUGAGAGUCGCAGGCCUUUCUGAUGAGACUUUAAAAACUUAGGUCCUGUGUUGUGGCAGGCAUUAGUACAUGUACGAUAAAGAAUCCCCACUGCUACGGCCCUGAAGGCCAUGCAUAGGUCUGAAUUUAUGAUAAAGAAUCCCCACUGCUACGGCCCUGAAGGCCAUGCAUAGGUCUGAAUUUAUGAUAAAGAAUCCCCACUGCUACGGCCCUGAAGGCCAUGCAUAGGUCUGAAUUUAUGAUAAAGAAUCCCCACUGCUACGGCCCUGAAGGCCAUGCAUAGGUCUGAAUUUAUGAUAAAGAAUCCCCACUGCUACGGCCCUGAAGGCCAUGCAUAGGUCUGAAUUUAUGAUAAAGAAUCCCCACUGCUACGGCCCUGAAGGCCAUGCAUAGGUCUGAAUUUAUGAUAAAGAAUCCCCACUGCUACGGCCCUGAAGGCCAUGCAUAGGUCUGAAUUUAUGAUAAAGAAUCCCCACUGCUACGGCCCUGAAGGCCAUGCAUAGGUCUGAAUUUAUGAUGAAGAAUCCCCACUGCUACGGCCCUGAAGGCCAUGCAUAGGUCUGAAUUUAUGAUAAAGAAUCCCCACUGCUACGGCCCUGAAGGCCAUGCAUAGGUCUGAAUUUAUGGCACUUCACCUAUAACUGAUGACAAUAUGAAAAAAAAGUUUUUGAAGGGAUGUUAAAAAGAAAUAAAAAAGUAGCUUUUAAUUGAUUGGAUUUUACAUGUAUGUAUCUGUAAAUUUACUCUUCAACUGUUGUUGACAUUGGAAGUUUGAUUAGUAUUGGCCAAACAUUUAUUUUUGAAGAUGUAAUUGUGGCAGAUUGUUUCUGUUAAAGACUGAUUAUGAUGUUUGAAAUAGCAGGAAAAUAAUGGAUUCUGAAGUAUAAUGAAUGGCGUUUAAAUGAGUGCACGUUAUUUGAUUUAUUAUUUUUAUUUGAAGAAAAAGUGAUGAGUUUAAAAUCAGCAUGUAUUGUUUUAAAAGAAAACAAUGAGAUUGAAAUAACAAAAUGUUGAAAAACGUUUGCACACUAAAGUAUAAGACCAGUGUAGCUAUUGAUUUAUAAUGGAAUAUCUUAAAUGAUAAAUGAUUUAAGUGACAGUAUUGAAGCAUGGCAGUCUUCACAAAUUUCAAUUUUAUACCCUCAAUUGCUCAGUUUAUCUUAUUUAUCAUGCUUUAGGAUUUGCCAAAACACUUUUGCUAAAAAAUUUACUGUUUUAAAAAAAAGAUAUCUUUAGGAUUUGCAUACUUUGUAUUACGAUGAUAUUUUUCUGGAGCUAGUCUAACAAGUUUUCCUAUACUUAAGAGUAUUCAUAUUAUCAGUUACUGAUUUUGUUUUUAUAGUGUAUGUAUUUAUAUCUGUUACACAUUUUGGAGUCUCUAUUAUAGAUAUGCUAGUUUUUUUUAAAAUUAAGUUCAAGAAGGUUUUACUUUUUCUUUAUACCUUGCAUUAUCGAGUGCUUACUAUAUUUUUGCUUCAUUACACUGCAGAGAACAGAACAGGAAGUAUUAUAAUACUUUUAGUAUUGUCCCACGUACAUGUAACAAGUUAUGAUUUUCUUAAGUCCCAGGAACAAUAAUCUUUCAAAACAUGAGUUCUCGACCAUCUAGUGAAGAGCUUCAGUGUAGCAUCCUUGUUUUUGUCCUGUCUGUCAUUUUGUAAUUCUGUCUGAAACUUUAACCUUGCUAAUAACUUUUGAACAGUAAGAGAUAGAGCUUUGAUAUUGCACAUGAGUAUUCCUUGUGACAAGACCUUUCCGUGGGUACCAACAUCUUUGACCCCAUGACCUUGACCUUGGAGUUUGACCUACUUUUUGAAAACUUUAACCUUGCUAAUAACUUUUGAACAGUAUGAGAUAGAGCUUUGAUAUUUCACAUGAGUAUUCCUUGUGACAAGACCUUUCCGUGGGUACCAACAUUUUUUACCCCUUCACCUUGGAGUUUGACCUACUUUUUGAAAACUUUAACCUUGCUAAUAACUUUUGAACAGUAUGAGAUAGACCUUUGAUAUUGCACAUGAGUAUUCCUUGUGACAAGACCUUUCCGUGGGUACCAACAUUUUUUACCCCUUCACCUUGGAGUUUGACCUACUUUUUGAAAACUUUAAGCUUGCUAAUAACUUUUGAACAGUAAGAGAUAGAGCUUUGAUAUUUCACAUGAGUAUUCCUUGUUACAAGAUCUUUCCGUUGGUAUUGAACCUUUUGACCUUGGCAUUUGACCUACUUGAAAUUUUUUUUUGUUUACAUUGGUCAUCACUUCUAAAUGGUAAAUAUUAGAGCUUUCAUAUUGUUCAUGAAGAUUUCUUUUGACAAGAUCUUUCUACUGGUACCAAGAUAUUUGCCCUUGUGACCUUGGCCAUCUUCGGAAUUGGCCAUUAUCGCGGGAAUUUGUAUUUCACAAACACAUCUUGUUGUUUUCAUUUUCUGGUGACAUAAAACUAGUUUUUCAGUUUCAAUUUCAGAAUAUUUUGUACAUAUCCUCCACUUUUCAUUCAUAAUAGUUGUCUCUGUUCUGUUUUCCAUUGCAUGAUCUUCAUAUUACUAAUAUUUUAUAAUUGUAGUUUAGAUAUUAAUAUGUUUUAAUCACUGCAGUAUUGCAUAGUUUAUACAGUUGUAACGUUAGUUAUUGCAAUUUAAAUGCUUUUUAUUUUAUUUUAUCUCACUUUUUUUUAAAUUAUGAUUUGUAUCUACUUGAAAUCCACGUGUAUGUAUCUGUUUUUGUUCAGCAGUUCAAAUAAAUCAUGGAAACAUA